CUCGAAAUGUUAACGAAAGAAAAGGAUCGCACAGAUGUAGAGUAUAAUCAGUGUAAAGAAAUAAUUAAAAUCAAGGAAAGCAAGCUUAACGAAGCUCUUAAACAGAAAGAAGAUAUUGAUAAUCAAUGUAAUAAAUACAAAACACUGUUGAGUGCUAGAGAAACUAUGCUGCGUGACCUGGAAGCUAAUGUGGAAAAAGAAAUAGCCGAGCUUAAAGUUUCCAAAACACCGAGCUUGAAAAGGUUAAAAAUUAACUAG